UUUGCCACCUUUCAAUGUAAUCCACUGCUUUGACUCGGAAUAGCUUUUUCCAGCGCAUAUCUCAGCGGUCAUCGCCCUGCAAGUUCCAACAAGGCCUGCUAAAACGGUCGUGACAACCCUACCACCCGAGUUGCAUGUCCGUAUCCUCGAGUGUACCGACUUGAUUACCCCUUGGAAUGAGGCCACAUUAAGCAGACAGCACCGGGACUACCAGAUGUGCCGUCCGCCUUGCACCAGCUCCGAGGGCGGGUGCCCGCCUGAUACCCACCAUGGCUGCCGGCGAAUCCAUUGCAGUUCUUAUAUCGAUAUGCCGGGCGUAUCGGAGCAGCUCCCAGGCUGUUUCUGUCACUGCCGACAUACGGCCUUCACCUCUACCUACCACUACUGGGCUCCGCCGACCGACUUGUUUCUUAUCUGCCGCGCCUUGUGCCGGGACGCCCAGUUCGUCUUUUCUCGGGGAACCGUUUCAUAGUCCACGAUUUUCACGCCCUGAUGCCCUGGGAUUUACCCAACGUCCAAUACGAACCCCCGGACUCGGCCAGCACCACGCAGUACUAGCCGUACAAGCGUCUCCUUGCUUCAGAGUUUCUUCGAGACAUCAUCCCAGUUCAUUUCCUCGCCGACCCCCGAUUUCUAGAGCUGGUGUUUGCCUCGUACGCGCCGCACGGCUGGCCCAAUAGCGAACGUGCCACGAUAUUCGACUCGUGUGACACGGUCGACUGGAUUCGGGAUAAGAUCAACGCAUUGGCACUUACCCUCAGU